GGCAGCAAGAAAAUGUUUCUGUAACAGUAUCAUGUUUCAUCCUCAGUGGAUUAUUUACGAAAGAGAGAUGAUAUCCAUUAUUAUUAUUAUUCUUUUUUACUCAGUAUGUGCACUCCAAAUCAAGUGUGAGAAACACUCACUCCAGUAUGAGUACACCGCCCUUUCCACACCUGACACAUUCUCUGGAUCUGUGUUCAGUGGUGUGUGUGUGUGUGAUGAUAGACAGAUCUCUCACUACUGUAAUGAAGAACAAGACUGGAAGAAAUCAGAAAUCUGGAGAGACGUUCCUGAACUACAUGAGUCUAGAGACUGGUUUCUACAUCAGCUUUAUCUUCUGUCAAACUGCACAAACUCCAAGUGUUCUGAGCUUCAUGUACUUCAGAGAAGAGCUGGAUGUGAGGUGGAGAAACUUCCUGAUGGAACAAUCAAGAAUCUGAAGGGGUUUUAUGAGUAUCAAUAUGAUGGAGAAAAUUUUAUUGCCUUUAAUUUUAACACAAAACAAUGGAUCAAUAAAAAUCCCAAAGCCAAAGAAACAAAACUGAAGUGGGACAGUGAAACAACAGAAAACCAAAUCAUCAAGGAUGAACUCAAGAACUGCAUGAACUGGAUCUCCACAUUUAAUAAUACUCAAAGAUCUCUUCCAGAUGUUGAGAUGUUUGCUGUUGAAUCUCCUCAAGAUCAAAACAAGUUGAUUCUGAUCUGUCUGGCCACUGGUUUCUACCCCAAACACCUGGAGAUGAAUAUGAUGUUGAACGGCAUUAAACUGGAUCAUGUAAACUCUUCUGGAAUCAGACCAAACGGUGAUGAAACCUUUCAGCUGAGAAUCAGUGUGGAGAUCCACAGAAAUGAGAAAGAGGGUUUUGAGUGUCAUGUCAAUCACACCAGUCUAAAAGAGCCGGUUAUAUCAGAAUGGGAUGGAAAAUGCAGUUACUGCAGUGAAGCAUCUAGAACAAAUAUUAUAACAAUCAUAGUAGCAGCAGUUACAGUGUUUAUGAUCGUGAUUUUUAUUUAUAUCUACAAAAGAAAAAGGUCCGAUGAAAAACACUCACUCCAGUAUGAGUACACCGCCCUUUCCACACCUGACACAUUCUCUGGAUCUUUUCAUUGUGAUUGAGCUGCAGUGGCUGGUACCUCUGGCAAAGUGUGAUCUAGGAAAAAAUGAGGGCUGUUUAAUUUUGUUCAGUGUGCCAAGGACUUAAUAAACUGUUUUCAG